UUCCUGAUCAAUUCAUAAAAUUUCAAUUUUUAACUAUGCUCUUCAUAUUUCUAUCAUUUUUGUUACCAUUAUUUAUAUGCACUCCAUUACAUUCAUCUGUUACCUACCAAUCAUCAAUCUCUUCCGAAGCAAUCAAACUUUCCGGAAGUGAUCUCACAUCCUAUGUAAACAAAAAACAGAAACUAUGGAAAGCGGAAACCUCCCGCAUGACAUUCCAAGAGAAAAUGGCACGUGCCAAAAGUAUCAAAUUUAUCAAGUCCAACGAUGAAGUGUCUGAGAAGACUGGAAAUGAUAAUGUUCUUGUGGACAUUCCAUCGAGUUUUGAUUCCCGUCAGAAAUGGCCUUCGUGUUCUCAAAUUGGAGCCGUUCGUGAUCAAUCCGAUUGUGGUUCAGCGGCUCACCUGGUCGCAGUUGAAAUUGCGUCUGAUCGCACUUGUAUUGCCUCAAAUGGUACAUUCAAUUGGCCACUGUCUGCACAAGAUCCACUUUCAUGUUGUGUUGGUUUGAUGUCUAUUUGUGGAGAUGGAUGGGGAUGUGACGGUAGUUGGCCAAAAGAUAUUCUGAAGUGGUGGCAAACCCAUGGUCUCUGUACUGGUGGCAAUUACAAUGAUCAAUUUGGAUGUAAACCGUAUUCUAUUUAUCCAUGUGAUAAGAAAUAUGCAAAUGGUACAACAUCUGUGCCGUGCCCUGGUUACCAUACUCCGACAUGUGAGGAGCAUUGUACUUCUAACAUAACCUGGCCGAUUGCAUAUAAACAAGAUAAACAUUUUGGAAAAGCACAUUACAAUGUUGGAAAAAAGAUGACAGACAUUCAAAUUGAAAUCAUGACAAAUGGCCCCGUCAUUGCGUCUUUCAUUAUUUAUGACGAUUUUUGGGAUUAUAAAACUGGAAUCUAUGUGCAUACAGCCGGAGAUCAAGAAGGUGGAAUGGACACAAAAAUUAUUGGAUGGGGAGUUGACAAUGGAGUACCAUAUUGGCUUUGCGUUCACCAAUGGGGUACAGAUUUUGGAGAGAAUGGAUUUGUUAGAUUUUUGCGUGGAGUGAACGAGGUCAAUAUCGAGCAUCAAGUUUUGGCGGCGCUUCCAGAUUCGGAAAAGCAUAACUAACACUUAUUCACUUUCAAUUUACAAAUUUUGUUUGAAUUGCUUCAUGAAUUCAUUUUAAUUUACAUAUAUCAAACAAUCCUGCAUCAAAAAAUAUCAGUAAAAAUUAAAAAUUUUAA